GCCACGUGUAUUGGGCUGGACUUUGCCUGAUGGGGCACUGCCCCAGGCACAGUCCUGGCACAGAACCCAGUGCUGCCCCAGGCACAGUCCUGGCACAGGUGCCAGCCGGUUCGGAGGUAGUGGAGGCUGCCAGCAGGGAAGACAGUGCUGUGUGGACCCACUGUCAGCCAUGGAGCAGGAAGCUGAAAUCGUGCAGGAGCUGGGAAGCCUCCAUGGCAUCCCCCUCUACAAGAGCUUCAUCGAGGGCUGGCCACGGGUGAAGGCUUUCCAAGCCCGUCCAGAUGACGUGCUCAUCUCCACCUACCCCAAAUCGGGCACAACGUGGCUGAGUGAGAUCAUGGACAUGAUCUACCACGAUGGCGAUGUGGAGAAGUGCCGACGGGAUGCCAUCUACAACCGCGUGCCCUUCCUGGAGUUGAAGGCCCCUGGGGAAAUGAGUGGUAUUGAGCAGCUGGAGAGCACCCCAUCCCCGCGGCUGGUAAAGACCCAUCUCCCAGUCCAGCUCCUCCCGACCUCCUUCUGGGAGAAGGACUGCAAGAUUAUCUACAUGGCCCGCAACCCCAAGGAUGUUGCCAUCUCCUACUACUACUUCCACCGGAUGGCCAAGAUACACCAGGACCCUGGCACGAAGGCCGAGUUCUUGGAGAACUUCAUGGCUGGCAAAGUGCCCUACGGAUCCUGGUACGACCACGUGCGCGGAUGGUGGGAGAAGAAGCAGGAGAAGAAGAUACUCUACCUCUUCUAUGAGGACAUGAAAAAGGACCCACGGCAAGAAGUGCAGAAGAUCUUGCAGUUCCUGGGCAAGGAGUUGGCAGAGGGAAUAGUAGAUAGGAUUCUGCACCACACCUCCUUCCAGGAGAUGAAGAAGAACCCUGCUGCCAACUAUGAGACCAUGCUCCCCAUCUUGAUGGAUCACAGCAUCUCCCCCUUCCUCCGGAAAGGGGUAUCUGGAGACUGGAAGAACCACUUCACUGUGGCCCAGAACGAGCGCUUUGACCAGCACUACCAAGAGCUCAUGGCAGGCUCUGACCUCCACUUCCAGAUGGAAGUGUGAGGGGCUUAUCUCCUUUACCGGGAGGACUGUGCUUCCCCUUGCUCUCCCAGUGGAGAGGAUGGAUCCAGAUGGAGAUUCUUGCACUAAUUCACUUUUCCCCUUGCAAUAAAUUGUGAUAAAUGGA